CACACACAAACCAAAUACCAGCUGUGGUGGUGCAUUCGUCGUCGCCUUUAUGGAGGAGUGCAAUUCACAAAAUCUCGCCGUUAAUCAAACAAAUCCACCAGGAUUUGUCGGAAACAAUCGCAAACCUUAAACGGGGAAGACAGGAGGAUCGUUGAUAGCCCGAUGGGUCGGUCAAGUGCGCCGCCUGCCGCCGUUCUCUAGGUGGAGCGAAACAGGUGUGUGCCUGCGUGCGAGUGUGUGUUGUGGUUUGGGCGACGGAAGGAUUUGCAUUUGCGUCUUAGCCAAAUAUUCCGCUCCAGGGAGGAGUGCCCGGGCGACGACGACACUUCCGCUGCAGUUAAUUCCGUGUCUGGGCAGCACAAGAAAAACGGGGAACGUUUGCCGUAUUUAGGAAUGGUCCCGGUAGUACUCCGUGGAAAUUCCAUCUAGUAGCUGGACGAGUUCGACGUAAACUGCGAUAAGGCAGGUCCCGCUGUCGUCACUUUUGCGUGGCCGCAGUGUUUAUUAACGACCCGUCGCUACUGCCGCGAAGUUAGAUGACGAAAUGCAAUUUGGCAGAAUAUGGGUUUUUCCCGGACUAUGAAGUGUGAAUAACUGAGAAGAGUCCGGUGGUCGCCUCUGAACAGCUGCAGUGUGCAGCAACAGCAGCAGGCGCACAACAGAGUGAAUCAAAGUAACUGUCGACGUAACGACGUCGAAGAAGCAGGAGGGAAGUAUUGGUCAUAGUGGCGUAUGAGUUGUGACCGCGGAAGUGUGGUUCCAACUACACGUCCCAACAGAAUGCGCAGCCCGCCGAGUAGCGAGUGGCUGGAAGCGGACAGUCUACGAGAUAUCCUUGAUACAGCCAUCCAGUCGAACGUCGAUGUUAUGCCCGAUGACGAACCGACCAGGACCGGUGGUGCGGUCGGUGACGGUAGUGCAUUCAAUGAUGUUGACCCGGAACCAUCACUGUUUGCCGGGGAAAGUUCCUCGCCUGACUACCGACCGAUGCGUGUUCCGCGACCUAAUCGUGAAUUCGAGCGCAGCCGAGCCCAGCCAUACGUUGGUUUGCCGUUUAUGUUCGAACCAGCAGCUGAGUCACGUUCACCGCGUUCACCGGAAGUGCUGUACUACUACGAUAGGCCGGAGAGGAGCCGCCCGAGACCAGUGAUCCGACCACAUUCACCUCCGCUGCCACCACCUCCGAUCGAAACGCCCGUGACGCAGCCAACGGCUGCCGUGUUUCCGUCUGCGCCGGCUGUACGUAGUUCGUACCCUCCACGGGAGCCCUACAGGACGCCAUACCGUUCGCAUCGCGAUCGGUUCGCCCGUACGCCAUCGUCUACAACCACCACGACAACGGCAGCAAACGGUGCAUGCUUCGGUAUGCAUGCGACCCACGGUGGUCGCAGCUUCGCUAGCGAGCAUCGUAACUUCCGGAGCCCUCCGUUGAGGAAUCCUAACGCUUCGGUUAACUACUGGAGCUUGACCAACUUAAUGCGCAUGGCCAGAAGCAGUGAGCUGCGGCAGCGCAACCUAAAACGUCGUCACAACGGUGAUGAUCCUAGCGAUGAGCCUGGUACGAGUUCCUCACCGACUGCUGACAGUCGGUUACCACCGCUACCGAUUGAAUCGCCUUUGACAAUUGAACCAGAAGCAAGUGAGGCCGUACCUAGGGGUGAAGCGUUAAGCAAUGUUUGUCAUAGGCCCAUCGUUAAGCGAGAAAGACCAUCGUCCAGCACCGCCAUUCCGGAACAGGAAGAACCCGUGAAUGGAGCUGUCAAACAGGAGGAACCAUCUUCCGAACAGUCCAACCCAUGUGCCAACACCCAUAAUCCUAUGUUACCACGCGAGUACCUGAAAAAGGAACCGAAGAACGAACCGGAGGAGGAAGAAACGAUCGUUGCGAUGGUCAACAGUGAUGCUAGCGAUCCGCUCGAAGACACCUCCGCAGUCACCGAGCCAUGUAAUCCGACAAUAAAAUGUGAAGCAAAUAAUCCGCCGACGACUACCGACGCACCGACACCCGGUUCUUCGAAUCGUGAGGAAUGUCCAUGCAAUGAGUGUGUUGUGCGUGAGCAAGAGCCCUCGGUAAGCUGUGGUAUCUGCGCCACGGAACCAUCUCAAGAUGGAUCCACGACUGGAUGCGUAAAGCAGGAACCAGCAACAUCGCAGGAUGCUCCGGAUGCUAAAGUUGAACCAGUGGACCAGCCUGUUGAGCCAGUUGUUGUUACACCGAAGCAGGAAUCAGAAGCAACUGAAACACCGGCCAACGGAACGUCAUCGAUGAAAACGGAGCAGAAGUUAUUCGAGCUUGCUGUGAAAAAGGGAGAAUGUAAGCAGGAUAGAGACCAUGCGGCAACAGUUACGGGGCCAGCCCCAUCCUCGGAUCCGAAACCAGGGCCGAGCGGACUGAGCCGCAGUGCCACAUCACGGAUACGCAAUCACGGUGUGGCUGGUGCGGAACGCGAGCAAGAACGAGGCCAGUUAUCGCUAUUGCGCCGAUCCAGGCGCUUCUGGAAGCUGGUGGAAUCCGCUAGUAGUAUCAGUAGCAGUGACAGUGAUGACGACGACGAUGAUGAUGACGAUGAAAGAGUGCGGCAGUAUGAUACGGAAGCAGACGAUGUCGUCUACCUGGGCACCGAUCCGCUGUAUCCGAUGGAACUUCCGGAAGAAGACGAGAUGGCGGAUCAGAAUGUUAUGGAGGUCGAGAUGACGACUGGCGAUGAUAACGACGGCGAACCGGUUGCACUUGAAUCGGAGAUCCAAUCGCCACCGUCCGGCAGUCGUGUGCAUGAAACGGAAACGGAAACGCAAGCCGAGCGAAAAAGCUCGCCGGAGCCACAGCCUGCUAUGUCACGGGAGGGUCUUGAUGCGCCGGACUUGCAGCUGGACUGGAUUACGGAUUCGAGCAGCGUCAGCGAGGAUAGUGACGACGUCAUACUGCUCGAUCGGAUCUCACCGCCGACACAAACCAGCCGUGAACCGAUCGAUCUGACCAAUGACGACUCGGACGACGAUAUCAAACGUUACAAUCUUCGUAGCCAGUCGAGUGGUCCAUCGAGAGGUGAACGAAGGUUGGGCCAUCAUCAUCAUCAUCAUCAUCACCACCACGUGCGUACUAGCAUGCCACUCACGCCAAACGGAAACCGCACGGCACGGGCCGAGAUGACGGCAGUCCGGGACACACAGGCAGCAGUGGCAGCAGCAACAGUAGCGGCAGCGCAUCGGCAACGCCGUUUCUCCUCUACCGGUCAGCUACUCCACAGUGAUGCGUCAUCAACGUCCAACGAUGGUGGACGCUACCACAGGGAUUGGCCCCCGUACUCACCGUUAAUGGUCAAUGAACCGCAGCCACCACCGUACUAUCCGCGCUUAUCUCCGAGGCGGUAUGUUGUCGGAAUGCCACGGUCUCGGUUCGUACCGAGGGACUUUACAACGAGAGGAAACGGAGGUCGCUCAGGCAACGAGGUGGUGGGACCUGGUAGUCCCAGUGGAUCACGCCACAUGGCGGCCUCGAACAGCUAUCAUCGGGCAGCAGGGUACUACGGUACACGUCCGGGUUCGACCGCUACCAUGCGACAUCCUUCCUGGCCGAAUGAAGGAGGAGGAGGAGGAGGAGGAGGAGGAGGAGGAGGAUGUCCUGCACUGGUACACGACACAAUGGGAGAAGGAUGCCGCCGCAGCACACGUUCACCUUAUGCAAGACACGCUCGCAGUAACAGUGACGGUCCUGGUGGUGGUACUGGCGGUUCGUGUGCGGACUGUGGCGGAUCACUAUCGCAUCCGAUGAGAGGACCAACCAACAACAGCUGCUCCCCACCGCUGCUCAUUGACGAUGAUGAAACCAAUCCGUCGUCUUCAAAUGCCUUCAGUGAUGAGGAUCGUACGAAUAGAUCCGUCCGGGAUAAUCGCUAUCGUUCGUACUGGCGCGGACGACUUUCGGACAUGAAGAGCCAUGCCCGCGACCAGCAAGUUUGGGAUGAUUUGUAUAACUAUUUCUCCUCAAACCAAGAAACUGGCAACAGUACGACUGAUGAUCGUGAUGUCCGCGCUGAUGACGAUCAACCACAGCCGCAGCAGCAGCAGCAACAGCAACAGCAGCCACAACAGCAAGAUCGAGCUCGAUUAAGUCGUUCAGCUGUCUCGACAACAUCGUAUACCGAUCGGCCGAUUGAUUACUCGGCGGCCACACCACCUGCUACAGCAGCAGCAGCAGCUGUCGGUGCAGCAGUGACAGGACCGUCUGCUAUUCCGUUGCGUUCUCGGACGUCAAACACUGGUUCCCCCGUGGUCGUACCUACCGGUGGUGGACGUGCAUCUACAAACGAUCACAACAAUAACAACAGCAGUAGUAAUAGUGGUAGCAGCACCACGACGACCUGCAACGAUCCUGCAUCGAUCCUAGAACCAUCAUCUUCGGUGCUCAACAGCGGAGGUCAAGCGGCGCCAUCACGUCACUACGUAGGGAUCCAGGUCCAGGCGCCCCAUGAUCUACCUCUAGCCCCGCCUUCUCGAAUGGCCAAUCGUCUCCUUCAUUCGAUUCCGCUGCACCGUAACCAUCACCACCAUCAUUAUCAUCCUCACCAUACGCAUCAGCACCAUCAACAGCAGCAGCUGCAGUCGACAUCGCAGCAACAGCAACAGUAUCCGUAUCAUCCACGAUCUUCCCCGCUGGUCGGAGCGCGAAGCAGUUCGAUGUACCCGUCCCUUUCACCCUCGUCCGGUAUCUAUCAGCGACCCUCGACCUUUCAGUCUCUCUCAUCCGGUGCGACUGCCCCGGGUACCGUUCAUGCAUACUAUCUGCGUCCACCUCACCGGCGGAUUACCGAUCACCAUCAUCAUCACCAUCAUCACCACGCUUCGACGGUACCUGGUGAUCGUGCAACGAACGGAGGCAGUGGUCCUAGCGGCAGUAGCACACGAGUGCCUUAUGCACCGCACGAAACCCUCUGGCAACGGCAACACCAGGCCCAGGAAGCACAGCGCCGCAUGAUGGCGGUUGAUUUGGUAACACCUCCUGCGUAUCUGCCACCAGCCACCAGCACCCCGGUCGUUGAACCAGCGCAGCGCCAUCAACGAGGAUCGACACUAGCGGACACUCAUCCACUAGUUCCUCCUUCUACUAUGCCAAACGCGGCCGUACCAUUGUCGACUGGUUCGGAUUCGGAUGAAUCAAUGAUCAAUUAUAACAACAAUAACAACAACAACCACCACAUCGACAGCAACCCUCCAGCACCCUCUUACCUGCCAUCGUCACGGGGCCGUUUGCCGUGGACUGUGCGGCCAAACGAAUACCAUGUGCAGCUGAGACCACCGAUGAUCGAUCUUGCGACGACCAACUCGUCCUCCUCUUCCUCCGAUCCAGAUGCACCGGUUCGACUGGUCGUACUACCGGUAAGGGGAAGACCCGACGGUGCUGGUGAUAACAACGAGUGGCAACGUGGUGCUGGUGGUGUUAGUGGAGGUCCUGGUGCUGCUGCCGCUGCCGCUGCUACUGCGGCGGCUGCCGGUGGUGCGCCGAUCAAUGUUGCGGCCGCUGCUGUUGCUUCGGUUAGUAGUGGUUCGGCAGCUUCGGCUGGUUCUUCCACCGGUGGUGCCCUCGAUUAUCGCUCCUGGGCGACGGGCAGUGGUAGUAUGCAACCACGGACCAUGCACUUUGCGCGACGUUACAGCAUCCAUCCAAACCAGAUGUACGGUGACAUAACGCUACGGCGCAAUGAUCAUCAGCACGUGCACCAUCACAUGUAUCAUCAUCUGACGUCCCAUAACCUGCUCGGUAGCCCACCGGAGAUACAGUUUAGCAUCGGGCUACGACCGAGCCUGCUGUCCAGCCUGAAUCGGUUCGUGCGCGUCAUCGAGGAUACGUGCACCAAUCGGGGCGCCACACAAGAGAUGAUCGAAACGAACACGUUCCCGCACAAGUACAAGCGUCUACGGUUGGUCAGCGAGUCGGACGAGGAUAGCGAAAAGUGUACGAUCUGUCUGUCUCAGUUCGAGGUCGACAAUGAUGUCCGCCGAUUGCCGUGUAUGCAUCUGUUCCAUAAGGAUUGCGUCGACCAGUGGCUGGUGACAAACAAACACUGUCCGAUAUGCCGGGUCGAUAUUGAAGUACAUCGCACCAAAGACUACAGCAUAUGACGACAACCGGUCCGUACCGCUCAUCACCAGUCGGAGCAACUUCGAACAACAGUCGCACCAGCAACGGACCUGAUGAUGGCCGAGAGCAACGUUCAUCCAAACGAUGACGGUCACGAUCUGGAGGAGUGGAACGAUGACGUAUGGAUCCGAAAUGCUGGCGAGGUAAUGAUUGGUGGUGGCGGUAGCGACGGCGACCAUGAUACCAAUUCUCCUGCCGUGACACCUAAUGGCACUAGUAGUAGGGCGUCGCCGACGGCAACGAAUGGUCUUCUCGCCGGUGAAGGACUGUUGCUGUACCCACACUAGAAAUGUUAAUGUAGAUUAUUUCGGUGUCCGUUUUUUAAUUAUCUUUUCAUUGCUUCCUUAAAACAAAUGUUUGCUCAACUGCGCGUCAUUACAAACACGCACCCUGCAAGUAGUCGCAGGUGGCGUGGAACAAAAUCGCGCUUUUUCGCCAUUUAUAGCAGUAGGCCGAGGAGACAGAAAUCCGCAGGCACACUAUAGAAGAAUCAGUGGGAAAGCCAACGCUGAGGUUGGAUUACUAAGAUACAAUCACUUGCCAGUCAUGCGAAUGCAGACGGGUUAUCGUUAUACCAACGGGAGAGUGCAGGUAAAGCAAAGGUAGGGAACGGCGCAAAUGUAGCAUUUGGCAUAGGUGAACCAGCGGCGUGGGUACCAAUUUAGGAUUACAAUUUAGUGGCUCAGCGUAAUAGUAAUAGUAAACCGGCACAGACUUCGGUUUUGGCCAGGCCGUUUGUUCUGCAGGAAGAAAUCAAAAUCCUUACCUUUAAUCAAAAUCUACUUUAAUGAAAUUGAAAAAACAGUAAAAUAGUAACUCAUUCGCACACUCUUUCUGUCACAAUGUUCCGACUAUACGUUUGUUUGUGAUAAAAUCGCACUACCCAAAGUGGAUGUGUACGCAUGUACAUCGGACUGGCGUGGAAUCUAGCGCAAACGUAAACAAUACAACCGUUUCCGUGGUCCUGCUGAUUGAUUACAUUGUGAGUGCAGCGGGUAGAAAGAAAAGGAAUACCAAAGUGGAACUAUUAUGUCCACUUGUUAUAAGAAACCUGCUUUGAAAAGCCUCACAGGCAGGGUCGGUCAAGCUUCCUCCGAUCGAUAGCUAAGUUCUUUUUGCUUUACAAUUAAUAUAAUAUCAACAACGGAGUCAUUGUGGUUUUGCGGAAUAAAGACGUAUUUGAAAUUAACUAUUUCUGUUAGAAAUCUUAUUUAAAUUUUACAGGGAGAGUUCUUUCCCAUGCGACAUAGACUGCUGCUUGUCGGUUUUAGCACCCGUGUUAGAAAUUAAGUAGUCAAGAUUGAGACAAUGAAGAAAUGAGGUUU